AUGGGCGCGAAGUCGGAUCACACCCAGGGCAUCGAAAAAUCGGACUCGACUGAUGCCAACAUGAACACCAAGGUUCACAGAAACCAUGUCGGCUCUGACGAGACACCACCAAUAUACUACGACGCUGAGCCAUCAGCCCAGCCACCAAGCUACCAUAAUUACCAAUCCACUUCGCCUAAUGAACUGCAAAAGAGGCCUGCAUCACGACCUAAGCCCAGAGAUCAACACAGCACUGGCGCACCCGCAAGUACCAUCGCGGCAGUCCUUGGUUCUGAAUAUACCGAUUUAGACGCUCAGCGACGAGCAGACCGCAAGAAGAAAACGUUUCGCGAGCGCUGGAACGAUUUCAAAGAAAGAAGUCUUAGAGCCUAUGAUGUUUCCGAGGACAGGGCUGGAGCGGCGAGUGCGGCCGAGUGGAAUGUGCAGGGUGGAAGACUGAGUGGAGGACUGGCGACACCGUAUCGGAGAAAGGGGAAGUAA